GAGAAAGGCUAUAAUCCAUGGAGAAACCACACCAACAGAAGUUGUGAACAUGCCUCCAGUGAAAGUGGAGGAUAGAGGGGAUGAUUCAGCAUUCCUGAAAAACAGAAUACAUCACAAACUCCAGAAGAAAGUUUUUGUACAGUCAAAUUUUUUCCAAAAUUGGGGUGAAGACCUGACUAAGGACCAGAAGAUCCAGGCUUUGAUACUCUUCUCUAUGUACGGUUACAAUGUUUACCUCAGUGACCAACUGCCUUUGAAUCGAUCCAUUCCAGACACUCGUCCUUUCAGGUGUCUUAAUAAGAAGUAUCCCCUACAACUCCCAACUCUCAGUGUUGUUAUCACAUUUGGGGAUGAAGCUCUGUCUGUUUUACAGAGAACUAUUACCAGUAUCAUCAAUAGGACUCCUUCUCACCUGCUGAAAGAGCUCAUCCUAGUGGACGAUUUUAGUUCAAAUGAGGACCUAAAGGAAGAUCUAGACAAACAGAUCCGGCUUUACAACCUCAAGUACUCUGGGCUGUUGACGCUGAUCCGUCACACCAAGAGGAAAGGAGUAGUUUCUGCCCGCCUCUCCGGGAUCCAAGUCGCCACAGCAGAUGUGGUGGUCUUCUUGGACGGCCAUACCGAAGUGAAUGUUGAGUGGGCAGAGCCCAUCUUAGCUCGGAUCCAGAAAGACCACACUGUGAUCGUGUCACCCAUAAUUGACAACAUUCUUUCUAACACCUUGGAAGUGGACCAGUAUCCUCUGACUUCCUCUGGGUUUGAUUGGAGGCUAUAUGGUCACUAUGACUAUUUGUCAGUCAACUUGAAGGAUGACAUUAUCCCAAUAAAGAGUCCUACCAUCACGGAUUUCUUUGCUGCAAGCAGAACAUUCUUAGAGGAGAUUGGGUCUCUGGAUAUUGGGAUGCUGUUCUAUGGAGUAGAAAAAACAGAACUGAGUCUGAGGGUAUGGCAAUGUGGAGGGAAAAUUGAGAUUUUACCAUGUUCUCGAGUUGCUCAUUUUCCACAAACCAUUGAACCCUCUCCUCUGAUGAUUUUACCCCUCAUGAAAUAUAACGCUCUUCAAGUGGCUGAAGUCUGGAUGGAUAAGUACAAAUACAUGGUCUACUUAGCUUGGAAUCUACCUCUGGAGAGUCAUGGAAUGGAUUUUGGAGUGGUGUCUUCCUGGCUAGAACUCCGCAAGAAACUGAAGUGUAAAAAUUUUGACUGGUACCUCAGAAAUGUUUACCCAGUUCUGAUGCCAAUUCAGAACAUUGUUGGCUAUGGAGCCAUGAAAAACUCUGUGAAUGAAAUGAUCUGCAUGGACCAGGGAAACAUCGAAGGAAAUACCCCAACCAUGAAUCAUUGCAAUGGGUACAGACAACAGUUUGUCUACUAUCACUUGACUGGAGAACUGUAUGUUGGACCGCUCAAUGCAGACAUAUAUUCAAGUGACCGAUGCCUGACAGACCCUGGAGAAGGAUGGAAACCAGAAUUAGUGUCAUGCCAAGACGCAACACUGAAAAAGCUAAACAUGUAUUGGAAUUUUAAGCAGGGAGCAUCCAUCACCAACAAGGACACUAAUCGGUGCUUAGAAGUCAGUAAGCGUUCCCCUGGAUCCCAUAUCCUUGUCCUCCAGAAAUGCACUGGACAAAGAUGGACAAUCCAACACACAGUCAGAAAUUGGGGGAUCUCAAGUACCCUCAGUAAGAAUGGAAAUGGCGGGUGACAACAUGAGGGACCUUGGAUCUGAGGAUACGUAUCCCUGCCAUGAGAAGAUGGUCUACUUUCAAACAUGUACUAAGUGGGACUCUCUCCUGUACAUGGGAAUAAAAGUU